AUGUCAGGAGUAGGAGGAAAUUAAGAUAAGAAAAAAGCUUCAAAUAAUGACCCUGAGUGUCGACUUGAAUACGUUGUAAGUUUCACUUUGAGAAUUCAAAUUUAAUAAUUCAAGCCUGAUACCCUAUAUAAUUUGCAAUAAAAAAUAAUAAAUGAAUUUUAGUGCGAAUCUCUAGGAAUAAACAAAGGUGCAUUGCAUUAGGUAACAGAUAUUGAUUUCGUAUUGGAUGAUAUUUGCAGAAUGGAUUUCCUAUCAUAUUUUACUAAUAUCAAGACUCUCACGUUAAUUAACCAAGGUAUUUCCGAGAUCGAGGGCCUCGAUAAAAUGGUAUCAUUAGAAUCAAUGUGGCUUAAUGAAAAUCUAAUAGAAAAUAUCAAAGGACUUGAUAAACUUAGAAGCCUUAAAGAACUUUUCCUAGGUAGUAAUAAAAUAAGGAGAGUGAGAGGUCUUGACAACCUAAUUAACCUUGAAAAACUUUGGCUUGAUGAAAAUAGAAUUGAAUCCUUGGAAAACAGCAUGCAAAACUUGGUCAAGCUGAGAGAGCUCAACGUUGCAGGAAAUAAAAUUGAAACUAUUGGCAUGACCCUUGAUGGCUUAAUAUCUCUUGAAGAGCUAAAUAUAGCAAAUAAUAAAGUCGGGAAUUUCAAAGAAGUACUUAAUCUUAAUAGAUUACCAAACCUCAAAAUUUGCACAUUCCAAGAUCCACAUUAUGGUGAUAAUCCUAUUUGUAAUUUGUGCAAUUAUCAGACUUUUGUGCUCUAUCAUUAACCAAACUUGCAAAAGCUUGACACACUUUAAAUAUCUGAUGAUGCAAAAGCAUUUGCAGAUGCCACUUUUAUGAAAAAGAGGAUGUAUUAUAAUAUGAGAAUUAAGACCAUUCAAAGGAAUGCUUCAAAUAUUAUGAAACUAUUAAAAAUUUGCAAAAAAAUCAGAAACUUUAAAAUUGAUAUAUAAGUCACUAAACUUACCAAAAAGAUAAAUGAAAUCACCAGGGAAAUCGAAGAAAGAUAAUACUUAAGUGCCUAAGGCCCUGGUGUUAAAGAUUAGUUUGAAUCAGUGUUUACUUAUGGUGUCACUAAUUCUAAGAAAAAUCCAUUAGAUGAUAUCGAAAAUGAAAAACUUAUUACUGAUUUAGAAGGGAAGAAGGCUUUAAUGAUGGGGAGGAUCCAUGAUAAGAAUGAAGAUCUCAAGGAUUUAGAUGCUAUAUACGAAUCCCUAAGGAAGAAGAUGUAUGAAAUACCAGAAUAGAAUAUUCAUAGAUUGCUGACAGAACUUGAAACAGGAGGAAAUAUCAGGUUUGAGGAGGGAAAGCCGACUGAUAAAUGGUUUCAAUCUUGUAACGAAUUAGCCAAAGGAAGAUUUAAUCCAGAAUAAAUGAAGUUCUUCGGUAUCACUGGAAUCAAUGUAACAAGAGUAACUAGAAUCCACAAUAGGUUCCUAAGAAACAGAUUUGAGGAAAAGCUUGAAUAGUUAGUAGACCUAUCAGACAUUUCUUAUAAGAGAAGCCUUGAGUAUUUAUUCUAUGGUCUGGAUCCACACUUGCCAAAUGAGAUGCAAAGAGCAAUGGAGGAAGGAUUUAGAACACCAUAGGAAUAUUAGCAAGAGUGUGGUCUUCCUCUUUGCGUUUCUCUUGUCAAUUCUAUAGCAUCAGCCGAGAUUGCUCGUAUUAAUUCAUUCUUUUAAGCUGAAGAUGGAUAUGCUCAUAUUAGAACAGCCGCAAAGGCUCAGAAAUAAACCUAAUUUAGAAUGAGCAGUGAAUUGACCUUACAAAAAGGUCUUGUCUAAAUACCUUCUGGUUAAGUGCUAGUUUGCAAAGUAUUCCUAUCUAAAUGUGUGCCUGACAGCAACUAUCCCUAUUUUAAUCCAAGUCAUUCACCUAGUGAGAUAUGGAGAUAUGCACCAGUUGAUGUAAAGUAAUAUACGGGCAUGCAGAGUAUUUACAGAACAAAAGAGAAUGAUUAAAGGUAAAGAAUGUGGUUUGUCCUAGAUAAUGCCUUAAUUCUUCCUGAAUACUUGGUGGAAUUUGAAUAUACCACAAAUAUCAAAACUGGUGGCCCAAACGAUUCAAAAAUCGGAUUAGAUACAGUUGAAACACUUAACGAGGAUUGCAAUAAAUUGUUAAACGCCGUCAAUGGUGCUUAGAAAGUAUUAGAAAAUACUUAUAUCAGGCAUGCCUAGAGAGAGGCAUCGAGAUCAUUGAAUUUGCAUCUUACAUCACUAGACUUGGAUCGAUCUGAUAUGGGAUGUCUCAAAAAGACUUUAGUUAAUUUCAUGAGAUCUUGCCAUAUUGAGGAGCUAAUGCAAAAUGCGUUUUAAUUUUUAGAUGACGAGGCUUAAAACUCAGCACAGCUUGCUAUUGAAAAUUCAAUGCCUCCCGAAAUUCCUAUCAGAAGUAAAAUUGAUGAGAUCACAGAAUAUAUAACUUAAAAUAUCAGUCGGGAAAAAGAUUUCACUCAAAUAGUAUACUUGAAUUUGUUCAGUAAUAGAAUCAAGAAGAUCAAAUGCCUAGAAAAGCUUGUGAAUCUCAAUACACUAAUUUUAUCUUUCAAUGAGAUAGAGGUAAUUGAAGGACUUCAAGAAUGCAAGAUACUGAAGAGAUUAGAUCUCAAUCACAAUUUUAUCAGAAGGAUUGAAAAUUUAGAGAACAAGUAGAAUCUUUAGAUCCUCAAUCUAACUAAUAACUGGAUUUCAGAUAUGAACCAAAUUGAGCAUCUCAGAAUCAAUUGCCCCUCAAUUAAAGAGCUCUCCCUUAAAUGCAAUCCUAUUGCUGCUAAGAAAAGCUAUAGGUCAGUUGUCUUUUGUAGAAUGCCAACCAACUUGAUUAAGCUAGAUGGAAUAGCAUAAACUGAUAAGGAUAAAGAGAGGGUCAGAUAAGAACUCUAGACUGUUACUAGAGAGUUGAUCUUUGAAAAUGUAAGAGCAUAAAUCAAGACUGAUGGUACUAAUGUAACGGUGACUUCAGCCUCUAGCAACAGUGAUUAAGGAAAAAAGACAAUAUCAACUUAAAAAUCAACAAUUGCAGAAUCGGAAGAACCAUAGUAAAACAUCAUUGAAUGGGAAAGAAAUAUAGAAACUCUCAUUCUAGGCCACAAGUAACUCUAGAAGAUAGAAAACUUAGAGCCUUUUAUAAAUCUUAGAAAGCUCUAGCUAAUAGAUAAUUGCAUCCUCAAGAUAGAGGGACUUGGUAAAUGCAAGCUAUUAGAAGAGCUAUCUCUCGAAAAGAAUAAGAUUUAAUAUAUAGAAAACAUUUCACAUCUUAGAUACCUAAAGAAACUUGAUCUUGGAUGUAAUAGGAUAAGAAGAAUAGAUGGGUUAUCACAGUUAGAAAAUCUAACAUAACUAUCAAUGGAAGACAAUGAAAUAGCAAAUCUAGAUGGAUUGGACCAAUUACAAACUCUCAUGGAGCUAUAUCUCGGAAAUAAUCUCAUAAAUGACAUUAAAGAGAUAGUCAAGCUAAAAUAGUUAGGUAGAUUGAUUAUCCUUGAUAUUAGCGGAAAUUUGUUGAGUAGAGACACUAACUACAGAAUCUAUUGCAUCUUCCAUUUAAGGAAACUAAAAGUGCUUGAUGGUAUAUCAGUAGAAUCAAACGAGCAUAUGGAUGCUAAGGAAACAUUUGCUGGUAGAUUAACGGAGGAAAUUCUUGAAUCAAGAAUAGGGGGAAGAAAGUUAUAGGACUUAAAAGAACUCGAUCUUUCCUCUUGCAGAUUAAGAGAUUUCGAUAAUAUGUUUGAUGAGAGUUUAUACCCUUAACUUAGAGAGCUUAAUCUCUCGCAUAACAGUCUGGUUACUUUAAGAGGUUUCGGCUAUCUUCCUAAACUAAGGAUACUCAAAAUUAAGGCAAAUAGGCUUGAGACACUGUUCUGUAAGCCAAAUGAAGAUGGAUAUCCAAAGGGUCUCUUUGGUUUACCAAAUUUCCAUUUGAUCACUUGCCUCAGACUUGAAGAUAAUGGCUUAAGGAAUCUUUAAAAUGUUGAGAAACUCGAAAGACUUCAGUCUUUAUUCGUAAGUGGAAAUAGAUUAGCUGAAUUCUGGGAAGUUGAUAGAUUAUCCGAAUUGCCUCAUUUAAUGGAAAUAGCUCUAUUAAAUAAUCCCAUGACUAGAAAGCCUAACUAUAGAACAGCAAUAAUUAAGAGACUGCCAGCACUUAUCAUUUUAGAUGGCAAAGAAAUAUCUCCUGAGGAGAGACAGAGAAUCGAAUAAUCAGGAGGGAUGAUUGGAGUCUCUGGCAUUACAACUGAUGGGUAAAAAGCACCUCCUAUGAUUCACUUUGCUUAAUACCCAACAGUUAAGGUACCGGUUAAGCUUAAUGCAGUCAAUUUUGAUGGUGUUUUCAAUAAUAUGAAAGUUUUUUCACCCGAUUAAGGUCCAACCACUUAAUAGUAAUUAACUUAAUAGCAAAUAAUGAUUAACCAAAAGAAUCAAAUGAUUGGAGGCACUGGUAUAAUCGGCUAGGGAAUAGGAGGCAUAAGUGGAGUGGGCAUAGGCUAGAAUAUCAUGGGUAGUGAAAUGGGUAAUCUGAUAUAAAUUAACAGCUUUGGCGCCGAUCUCAGUCAGCCUAUGAGUGGCCUUGCAAUGUAAGAUAAGGGUAAUAACCAAAAUACUAGACGACCAAGUACAAAAACUAAUGCCUCUGGAACAACAGUGGUAGGGUCAUCAUAGUCUUCCAUUACUUAAAAGGAUAAUAAAUCUACAGCUAACUCCUAAAAUGCAGCGAAAACUACUUAAUGUAAGUAUAUUUAUUCUCAGCUUAAUUUUUACACAGAUAGCAUGGGAGGUGGAGUAAAGCCACCACAAGCCCAAAGAUAACAAAGGUAUUGA